GCCUGAGCCUCUGAGGCCAGUGCAGCCUGACGUAGCACACGGGGCACCUCUGACCUUAGCGCACUUCUUCCCCAGCAGGUCUCUGAAGACUUGAGCAGCGAGAAGUUCUGUGUGGAUGCCAAUCAGGCCGGGGCUGGCAGCUGGCUCAAGUACAUCCGUGUAGCGUGUUCCUGUGAUGACCAAAACCUCACCAUGUGUCAGAUCAACGAACAGAUUUAUUAUAAAGUCAUCAAGGACAUUGAGCCUGGAGAAGAGCUGCUGGUGCAUGUGAAGGAAGGUGCCUACUCCUUGGGUGUCGUGGCACCCAGCCUGGAUGAGGACCCCACCUUCCGCUGUGAGGACUGUGAUGAGCUCUUCCGGUGCAAGCUGGAUCUGAGGCGCCACAAGAAGUAUGCCUGCAGCUCUGCGGGGGCCCCACUCUACGAGGGUCUUGGGGAGGACCUCAAACCUGAGGGCCUCGGCGGGGGCAGCGAUGGGCAAGCCCACGAGUGCAAGGACUGUGAGCGGAUGUUCCCCAACAAAUACAGCUUGGAGCAACACAUGAUUGUCCACACGGAGGAGCGUGAGUACAAAUGCGACCAGUGUCCCAAGGCCUUCAACUGGAAGUCCAACCUCAUCCGCCACCAGAUGUCUCACGACAGUGGCAAGCGUUUUGAAUGUGAAAACUGCGUCAAGGUGUUCACGGAUCCCAGCAACCUCCAGCGUCACAUCCGCUCACAGCACGUUGGUGCCCGGGCUCACGCCUGCCCUGACUGCGGCAAGACCUUUGCCACAUCCUCCGGCCUCAAACAGCACAAACACAUCCACAGCACGGUGAAGCCAUUCAUAUGUGAGGUCUGCCACAAGUCCUACACGCAGUUCUCCAACCUGUGCCGGCACAAGCGGAUGCAUGCCGACUGCCGAACUCAGAUCAAGUGCAAGGACUGUGGGCAAAUGUUCAGCACUACCUCCUCCCUCAACAAGCACCGGCGCUUCUGUGAGGGCAAGAACCAUUACACGCCGGGCGGCAUCUUCACCCCAGGCCUGCCCUUGACCCCCAGCCCCAUGAUGGACAAGACGAAACCCUCCCCCACCCUCAACCAUGGGGGUCUAGGCUUCAGUGAGUACUUCCCCUCCAGACCUCACCCUGGGAGCCUACCCUUCUCAGCUGCCCCUCCGGCCUUCCCCACCCUCACGCCAGGGUUCCCAGGCAUCUUUCCUCCAUCCUUGUAUCCACGACCGCCUCUGCUACCUCCCACGCCACUGCUCAAGAGCCCCCUGAACCAUGCGCAGGACGCCAAGCUCCCCAGCCCGCUGGGAAACCCAGCCCUGCCCCUUGUCUCUGCGGUCAGCAACAGCAGCCAGGGUGCCACAGCGGCCACGGGGCCAGAGGAGAAAUUCGACGGCCGGUUGGAAGAUGCGUAUGUCGAGAAGGUCAAAGCCAGGAGCCCUGACAUGUCGGAUGGCAGCGACUUUGAGGACAUCAACACCACGACGGGGACAGACCUGGACACCACCACAGGCACAGGCUCAGACCUGGACAGUGACGUGGACAGUGACCGAGACAAGGGCAAGGACAAGGCCAAGUCAUCUGAAAGCAAACCUGAGUUUGGGGGUGGAUCAGUGCCCCCUGGGGCCAUGAACAGUGUGGCCGAGGUGCCGGCCUUCUACUCCCAACACUCCUUCUUCCCGCCACCCGAGGAGCAACUGCUGACGGCCUCGGGAGCCGCCGGCGACUCCAUCAAAGCCAUUGCGUCCAUUGCUGAGAAGUACUUCGGGCCUGGCUUCAUGAGCAUGCAGGAGAAGAAACUGGGCUCCCUACCCUACCACUCUGUGUUCCCCUUCCAGUUUCUGCCCAACUUCCCCCACUCCCUCUAUCCCUUCACGGACCGAGCCCUCGCCCAUAACUUGCUGGUCAAGGCUGAGCCAAAGUCACCCAGGGAUGCCCUCAAGGUGGGUGGCCCCAGCGCAGAGUGCCCCUUCGACCUCACCACCAAACCAAAAGAGGCCAAGCCUGCCCUGCUCACACCUAAGGUCCCCCUGGUCCCCUCAUCUGGUGAGGAGCAGCCUCUAGACUUGAGCAUCGGCAGCAGGGCCCGGGCAAGCCAGAACGGAGGCAGCCGUGAACCGCGGAAGAACCAUGUCUACGGUGAACGGAAGCCAGGGGUUGGCGAGGGGCUGGCUAAGGUCUGCCCAGCACAGCUGCCCCAGCAGCCAUCCCUGCACUAUGCCAAGCCCUCGCCCUUCUUCAUGGAUCCCAUCUACAGCAGGGUAGAAAAGCGGAAGGUGACAGACCCUGUGGGCGUCCUGAAAGAGAAGUACCUGCGGCCGUCCCCACUACUGUUCCACCCCCAGAUGUCAGCCAUAGAAACCAUGACAGAGAAGCUGGAGAGCUUUGCAGCCAUGAAGGCGGACUCAGGCAGCUCCCUGCAGCCCCUGCCUCACCACCCCUUCAACUUCCGGUCCCCACCCCCGACGCUCUCGGAUCCCAUCCUCAGGAAGGGCAAGGAGAGAUACACGUGCAGGUACUGUGGCAAGAUCUUCCCCAGAUCUGCGAAUCUCACAAGACAUCUGAGGACACAUACUGGGGAGCAGCCAUACAGGUGCAAGUACUGUGACCGGUCGUUCAGCAUCUCCUCCAACCUCCAGCGGCACGUGAGGAACAUCCACAACAAAGAGAAGCCGUUCAAAUGCCACCUGUGCAACCGCUGCUUCGGGCAGCAGACCAACCUGGACCGGCAUCUGAAGAAACACGAGCAUGAAGGUGCACCAGUGAGCCAGCACUCUGGGGUUCUCACCAACCACCUGGGCACCAGCGCCUCCUCCCCCACCUCCGAGUCGGACAACCAUGCACUUUUAGAUGAGAAGGAGGAUUCCUACUUCUCCGAGAUCCGAAACUUCAUCGCCAACAGUGAGAUGAACCAGGCCUCUACUCGGAUGGACAAACGGCCUGAGAUUCAAGACCUGGACAGCAACCCCCCGUGUCCAGGCUCAGCCAGUGCCAAACCUGAGGACGUAGAGGAGGAGGAAGAGGAGGAGCUGGAGGAAGAGGAUGAUGACAGCUUGGCCGGGAAGUCACAGGAGGACACAGUGUCCCCCACACCUGAGCCCCAAGGAGUCUAUGAGGACGAGGAGGAUGAGGAACCACCCAACUCCCUAACCAUGGGCUUCGACCAUACCCGAAGGUGUGUUGAGGAGCGAGGAGGCGGUGUGUUAGCUUUGGAGCCGACGCCAACCUUUGGGAAGGGGCUGGAUCUCCGCAGAGCAGCUGAGGAAGCAUUUGAAGUUAAGGAUGUGCUUAAUUCCACCUUAGAUUCUGAGGCUUUAAAACAAACCCUGUACAGGCAGGCUAAGAACCAGGCGUAUGCAAUGAUGCUGUCCCUCUCUGAGGACACUCCUCUCCACGUCCCUUCCCAGAGCUCACUGGAUGCUUGGUUAAACAUCACGGGAGCCUCGUCAGAGUCUGGAGCCUUUAACCCCAUCAACCACCUCUGAGGUCCUGGAGGCCCCAGGGCCGGAAUCCAAAGCCAGGGUCCCAGCUGUGGGAGAUGGAGAAGGGGCCGGGGGGAAGCGCCUUGACACCUUCGAUUUGCCUCACCUCCGCUUCCAGCCCCACCCACCGUGGCUCAAGUCCAGCUUCUCCAAUGAAACUCAGAACCUGAAGGUCCCUCGAGUAUCCGUUGACCUUCACCACCUCUCAGAACUGGCCUCAAGGACACGGUCUGCAGUGGUGCAGUGCCCGGCGGCCGCCCAGGAGCCACUCAUGGGGAGCCGUCUGUCGGAUAACUAGUAGGCAGGGGUGGGAUCUCUAUCCCAAUAGGAGCCAAUUGGCCGCACCUGGGCAGCCACAUGGUAUGAAGGAGGGGAACGGAAACAAGUGGAUAUGUGCUACGGAGAGAGACCUCGCAAAUGAUUUUUAUAAUGAAAAUUACAUGAAUAACCCUUUUGGUAAUCUUAUUGACUAUAGAGUCUAUUUAAGCAUGUGGGUUUUAAAAAAUAGACAGUAUUUUUUAAAAAUCAAAAAUGACUUGCAAAAUGUUUUUUAAAAGUAAUUUUGCAUUGCUUUGAAAUUUCAGCUUAUUGGCAAACCCACACCUGCCAGGACAUCGAGCUCUGCUCGGGUGUGCCCUUUAUAAUGUAGAUAAUGGAGAAUUUUCUAUCCCUAACCCUGUUUGUACAAGCCAAGGUGAUUCUGGGUGUCCCCGAUGCAGGAUAGAGGGCGUGGAGCCAUCUGAAUAGCAUGCUGACUACACAGGAAUUCUUGGUCAUGGUGCCUGCCUGCAGGCUUGUGGAGGCCAAGUCAGGGAGGUUGUCUUGCCCCAUGCGACCUGCAGAGGAAUCCACUGGUCCCCACCCAAGACCCCCCAAUUGUAUGGGGAGGUCGGGAGCUGGUGGCUGAGGUCUUCCAUGCUGGACACCUAAUGGUUUCUCCCCUCCAACAGCCCCAGCGCUGGCCCUGACCGCCGGUCUUCUGAAGCCAGGGCUCUGGGCCGUAUCUAGGCCUUCAGCCUUCCACUCUUCCCAACCCUGGCGGCCUGAUGUCCUCCCCGUGGCCGCUGAGCGUGGGAACCUACCCGUCUGCUCCACCACGCCGGGACGCCGAGCACUACCUGUGCCUAAGACUCCAGAUCAACCGUAUAGCCGCCACUUCUGCUCUCUGUGUGGGUUCCUGGUGAGAGGUGGUCAGGAACAAAAGGAGGAUCCAGGGGACCUGCCACGCACAGAGCAGAGACAGCACAGCCCCCGGGACCAGAUGCCUCGCUCCCUUGGGACAGUCAUGAUUGUCUAAUUCUCUGCUUGGAUGGGCUUUAAGUUAUUCCCAUAGGGGCCAACUUCAAAUAAUUUCUUUCUCUGAUGGAAUUUACCUUAAUCUGUAUAUAACUUGUAAUUUUUUUUCUAAUUCAUUUCUUUCCUUAUUUUAUUUCUUCCUUAACAGUAUUUUUGGCAUUGGACAACUUAUUCUGAAGAAAUCAUGUCAAUUUAAGUAUGUAGUGAAGGACCAAAACCGUGUGAUAAGGUUGUGUGCUGUGUGAUCGGUAACCAGGGAGUGGGGCAGUUGUUAAUGUGCCAAAUACCCUGUGUCCCUCCCUUGAGGAGUCCUGUGGUCACCGCUGCCCAUUUACCAGACAAUCAUAUGAUUUUGUUAAAUUUGAGUUUUUAAAACAAGUGUUCUAUUUAUUUUAUUAUUUUGAAGAAAGAACAAAAAAAUUGAGUAUCCCAACAAGAAAAGAAGGGGGAAAUCCUUCCUGGAUUGCCCUUUUAAAAAAAAUGAGAGGUAGUGUCAGUGUCAACAGCCAUGUGCAAGCAUGUGCAAGCGUGUCACACAUGGGCAUGUCCGUGUCAACAGCUGUGUGCAAGCGUGUGCAAGCGUGUCACACAUGGGCAGGUCAGUGUCAACAGCCGUAUGCAAGCGUGUGCAAGCAUGUUACACAUGGGCAUGUCAGUGUCAACAGCCGUGUGCAAGCGUGUCACACAUGGGCAUGCCAGUGGGUCUCUCUGGGAGCAGCGUGAACAUCAAGCAGGUGUGUUCCAUGAAUGUGGUGGCUGUUCUGGGGCCAAGACAAUCAUCUCUGCUGCUGCUGAGUGGUCCAGGCUGUGCUGGAGACUCGAGGGUGACAUCCCUGGAAACACCAUGACCCUGCAGGUUCCGGCAAAUCCCAGUGAUGUAAGACAGAACAGUCCAGCGUGUGUACCCAGAAGCACAUUCACGUGUGCAGAGCAGGGCAGCGGGGACCCUCUUCUGAGGAACGUGCCAUAGUCAGGGUUGUAGGGAUUUAUGGGCCCAGCCGCUCACACUUCUCACAGGUUCACGACAUCCUCUCAGUGAAGGUCUAGGCCUCGGCUCAGGAGUUCCGGUUUCCUCCAGGUGGAAGCUAGACAGGACCCCUGUAUAAGUUCAACCUCAGACAUACAUGUCCCACUUGUGUAAACCCCAAAUUAUAUGCUUUCUUCUGAGAAAGAGUAAGACGUGUGCUUUUUCUUUUUUCUGCGAUGUGACUUUCUAUCUCCAAAGUGGGACGUCUGUCUGGAUAGAGACAUCUGUGACCCUUUUUCUCCAGCAGCAGAGCAGCUAAAGGCUCUCCUUUUUGUCCUCUUUGGCGCUCCCAGUUCCGUCCUCCUCUGUUAGCCUCUCGUUCCUUCUCAAGAGUCCCAGUUGUGCUGUCCUGUGCUUUGCCCACUCGCCCCCUGCCCCCAAGAGGCAACGAUGGCAAAGCCCAGAUUCUCCUGAGCAGUCAACCCUUGGGCCCAGCCCUGGCUUUGCUCUUCCCCCCUGACAAAAACAGCACUGAUCCCAAAUUUAUCUGCAUCCACACUGCAUGGCCCCCAGACAGUGAGUUCUGCCUACCUGACAUCUCUGCACUCUUGUGGUGCCCAGCUGACUCGAGCCAAGCGUCAGGCACAGAAGAUUCUCUCAGGGUCAUGGAGCUGGACCAGGUGUGAGUUCCAGGAUCCUGACUGCCAGGAUCCAGACCAUGCCUGUUGCCGUGUGCAUGGAAUGGCAGGACGCGUGUCCAGCCAGGACUGUUUCCCUGAUGUUGUCCUUAUGAUUGUUGGUACUUGCCUCCCAAAAUAGAAAUUCAUGAGGAGGCCUCCUAGCCUGUACUCCCUCCAGCCCCAGACAAGGCCCCAUUCUUCCCCUUUGACAGCUGCCUUUUUUAGGAAGAUCAGGUAGGAAAGAUGGGGCUUCACCAUCCUGCAGGCAAGGUGGAUCCUGCAUGCAUGAGACAACCCAGGGCAUCCCUGUGCCAAACCAGCGGCGGGUAAGCACAGCGUGGCUGAGCCUGCCCAGUCUGAGAAGGGCCCUACUUUCUAAGACCAGGAGAGCAUGUGAUCCCCAGACCCUGACUGACCUAACCCCUCUGCCUCUCAAAGCUCAGACCCACAGGGCCGUUGGCUUCCUCUGCCACCUCUGCUUCCUCAGUGAGUGUGUGAACACUUGCUUAAAUACAUAUCACGUGUUUUAGACUCGAAGCGCAAAGCACUGGAUUGUGGUCCCUAGUCCGUUCCCCCCUCCCCCUUCUCCCCGCCCAAGUGACUGAAACCUACUGAACUUUCACUGUGCUGUUCCAAGUAGGGAAGAGGAGGCCCCCUGUGCUGCUGCUGGGACAGGAAGGUGGGGAGUCUGUGAUGGACGGUACCCCCUCUUGCCAGUGGACACUGGGACACUCCUGUCCACAGAGACCAGCCGGGUAUCCAAAGCCAUGAAAAUUGUCUCUGUAGCCCUUGAGCGAUACUGUGACGAGAUGUUCUUGCGUGAUUCCCAGAGAAGUUCCUCUCUCGCCAUUCCCGUCACGUGUUUGUCUAAUUCCUUUCUGUCGCCAGUUCAAACCACCACUCCCAGGAGGGAAAAGGUUGAGUCCAGAAAGGCAGCUUGAAUUUCUAGAUGUGCGAUUCACUUGCAGAGCGGAGGAAGCUGGGGAUUUUCUUCCCUGCCUCCUGUGGCACCGCUACUCCCUCCAGCAUGGGGGACGUGGGGCCCUGGUGUCAGAAUACUUAACUUAAAGCCUGUGCGUGUGCGUGCGUGUGUGGGUAUGUGUGGUGUGUGUGUGCGCGUGCAUGGGUGUGGUAUGUAUGGAUUUUGAACCAAUAGUAUAUAAAUAUAAAUAUAAAUAUAUAUAUAUAUCCCUGACACCUGUGAGAAUCUCGAAACUGUGCGAGUGUUGCCAUUGUCACAUUCAGAUCCGACUCAAUUUGUUUCUGUUUCUGUUUUGUUUUGUUUUUCCUUUUAGAACUAUAUAGUGUUGAGAAAGAAAUAAAAUGCAAAUGUCUGGUUUUCAUAUAAUGUUAAAGAGUUAAAAACCAUGGAGGAGGAGGCUGGGGUCUAUCCUCGUCGCCUUCCUUUGUAAAUUGCUGUUGUGUUAAUAAGCUGUGCAUGGCUCGUGUUUAGCGGUCAUUAUUGUGUCUGUUUGUGAGAUUUUUAUUACGAGGAAAAUCCCGUAGAUGCACUUACUGAAUAUGUGGUUAGGGUCUGAGUCAAGGCCAGGAGGCCCGAAACGCCCAUGAAAACGGACCGCCGUUCCUGAUGACUAUGGAGAUCGCCGUGGGAGAAUCAUGCGUUGAGGAGACGCGACGUAGAGAAUAGUCGAAAGUGAUUUUUUGCAGAUCUCAUUCUGAGGCUUGUGGCAAAGACAAAUGUACUUGUGUAGAGAUUUCUGUAAGGUAAAAGCCAGGAGAGGCUGGCUUUGAGGUCAAUGCUGUAGAAUAGGAUGACUGGAUACCAAAUGUAAUCUUUCCAAUGCUACAAUGAAUUUAUACAUGAGAUUGAUAUGCAAUAAAUCUGUGUGUUUUUCUAA